UAUUUGGCAGUAUAUAAGCAGUAGGUUCGGUUACAAUUUGCCCUGUGACUAGCAUUUCUGACUGCAAUAUUUAACUAUUGACAGGCUAUCUACGCAGUGCAUCUUGCAGUUGAAGAUUUUCUAUCGGAAUUUGAGUAGUCAGGGGAGAGGACCAGCCAUGAAAAGUCUGACCCUUGCCUUUGUGAGUGUUGUGCUCUUGAUUGCAGAGACAGCAGCGGACGGCCACGGGCAUACUGAUUGCUUCAAGGAUGAACAACAGUGCAUCCAGAAGUUCAGGAGCCUUCUCACAGACACGGACAGUUUCUGGUUCGGAUCGCAGUACGCCGUGAAAUGUCCUUCAACCCCUGGAGCCAGCCAGUUCGGUUCUGACCCUUCCUGUAGUAACCCCGACUCAAAGCGGCUGUCAGUGCUGUCCAGACUGCUGAAGACUGAUAAUGUCACAGAGGUCGCCGCCAAGUUGUCACUGGCUCAUGUCACCUACACAGUUCCCAGGGGUGAGUUCUUUGCUUGUGGUCACACUUUCACUGCUCCAGCACUGACCAACUACAAGCUGGAUCCGUUGUCACUGAACAGAGUCAGUCUGUGGUCUAUUGACCACACACCUGAGGUCACGUGGCCAUCUCAGGAUGGUGUGCAGUACACAGUCAUAGUAUGGGACGUCGGUAACUUUUUUCUGCACGGACUCUACAUCAACGCCGUCAAUGGAGAUAUGUCCACAGGAGAGGCAGUGGACAAGUACCACGGGCCCCGCGCCUCGCGUCCCUACGCCAAUGUGUACCUCUUCAUAGUUGUCCCUCAGUCCUACUCCCUAGACGUAAAUAUGGUGAAGGGAAUCAUGUUCGGUGUCCUCAGCAGGAAUGCAUUCCAGUUCAGCGCUGUCGACUUUUUCAGCAACAUUCCGGGUGCCUUUGGGGAUCCUGUGGCAGCCAACCUGCUGAACAUCGUUGGAGAUGUUUAUGGUGCCCAGAGAAUGAAGGACUCAGGGAUCUUGGACAACUGUCCAUUUUUGGUGUCUCAAGAGACUUACCUCCACAACGCCCUCCGAUGGGCCAACAUUGAUGCGGCCUGGAGCUAUGACGUGGACAGUCUCGGAACCAUGGAUAAACAGCCCGAGGAAAGGGCACCCUUCUUAACCAGCCUAGAGGUGAACCUUGAGCCAGUCUACAGCACUGAUGACAUCGAGUUUGAGUCCUGCUGCUCGAAAUACACCUACAUCGGCGCCAUGCUCCUGCCGGAUCCCUUCUCCAGUAAACCACAGCGACCUGUGCAUGUACGGACCACGCCCCGUGUUGAGAUCACACUAAUGAACUGGCUCAACAGAUUAGGUCUCGACGACAAAAUGUUUACUCUAAUGAUGGUGGACUUUGGCUCAAUUCAAGACCCGCCCCAAAUGCCGGCAUUCAUCGUUCAUUGGCUGGUUACAGACAUCCAGGGCGCUGACGUCACAUCAGGAAACACCGUGAUUCCCUACUUUGGCUCCAAUCCGUUCACCAGAGACAGCGCCCGAAUGUAUACGUUCCUUCUGUUUGAGCAGUCGACGGGCAUGUUGGACACUUCCAGUCUGACCCAGCAUGUGUCUGGCUCCUGCGUGGACCCCAGAACAAGCAGAUGUCGUUACUACGUGAAUGACUUGAUCAAGUCCUGGGGCUUAGGUGACAUCAAAGGCGUCACGUGGUUCCUCGCCGAACAGGAUCCCUUCGCCCGUCUGAGAAUCUACCGUGAGUUUGCAGCCCAGCCCAAGAUGCGGGCGUGUGCGGGGAUCCGGGGCUACAUGGAGCCUUGUCCUCUACCCUGUGGGGAUUAUGUCGCUGAUGAUGCGCCGCUUCUCUCGGCCAGCCUCGCUUCUUUGUCCUUGGCUACAGCGCUGACCAUUGGCUAUCUCUUCUGAGUGUUGAACAUAAACAAAAAUAACACUUUGAGUACAAUCAUAACGACAAGUUCUGAGACUUUUGGUUUCAUCCGACCUGACAUUUGUUUCUUUUUAUAUUUAUUUAAUUUUUAUGCUUUUUUUUUUUUGCCUUUUGUCCAGCACUCGGGGGUCUUGGAAAGAGCGACUGUUUAAAAGAAAUAAAUAGAUAAAACACCUUCUGGGGAGCAGUGACUGUGCUAAGAAAAUACUGCGUCUUGGUGAUAUCGGUAGUGGUAUAUUAAACCAAGAUCUACUCUCUGA